AUGGAGGUGGGAACUGCCAAGAGGACAAGGAGGCUUCAGGUUCCUCUCUACGAAAUGAAGAUCAGAGACAGCAGGAGGAGCCAUUUGAUUGGUGACAUCUGUCUUCCUCUGGGACUGCAUGUUCAGCUGCAGAACCGUUCUGUGAACGUCCUCAAGCAGGACUUUGAGCCCAGUGAACUGCCAUCGGCCUCCCCAGAAGGGCACCGAAGACUGCGCUACCUUGAAGUCUGUGCCAUCUCCGCAGAGGCGGCCGCCCUGAUGUCUUGA